GUACAUCCGCUGUGAGAAUUCAGUUGAACAGAAGCUUUGAAUCUGCCACUCUACGUCAUAUCUUCUUUUUUGUUUUAAUUUGUAGUAUCAAGAGGAUGGAGGACACUAAUUGGAAAUUUCUAAUUGUGAUUGUCGUGGUCGUCAGUCUACUUCUUUCAAAAGAGCACAAUGUCAUUCAUGACCUAGACGAUGAUGCCAUUGUGGGCAUGAAAGAACACGAGCGCGUUCUGCUGCAAGAGGUUAAAAAGCUAGAAGAGCUGUCCACAGCCACGAACCUGCCACAUUCAAAUUGGCAAGUAUCCCAAAAUCCAGGGGGAGAGGGGGACGUGUCAGAUGUUAAACAAAUGAUGCCAAAUGUCAGGACCGUGGUGCAACAUGAGGAACAAAUGUUCCCAGUGGGAGACCAAAAAUACUCCUGCCAAACUGCGUUUGCACCAGAUGACCAGGAGGAAUUGGACGUAUCCGCAAACCGGACAUCACAUAUGUCCAAUACGGGUCAGAAAGACAUAGACGAAAAGGGGUCCAAUGUAGACCAGAACUUCUCGCAGGGGGACGAGGAACUCUUAGAAAAGCCCAAAACAGGCCAUAUUGACACCCACCAUGACAACCAAGCAUUGUUUGAGGGCCAAAUGACCGAUUACAGUUGGUACUUUUGGAAGGCCCUCAGUUUGUUCUCAUUGAUUCGUUUUCUGAAAUGGGUCAGGAAACUAUAUUUCCAACCCCGAUCGAAGAUGCCUUCAUUUCUAAAUGGAAAAAAUGCAACGUUCUUAAACACCAAAGUCUCCGAAAUUGAUUACAAGAAAUUAACUAGCUUCUACGACCAGUGUGUUCAAGUUCCAGUGAGCAAGAGUUGGCAAACUUGCACGUUUGUAGAAGGUUUUGCGAAGGACCUUUUGGAAACUGUGAGAAAUGCGAGACCAGACGUGCAGAUUGAAGACUUUGUUGAAGUUGGGAGAUUGUAUGAGCAAUGGCCUUCAAGAAAAAGCCUUGUUUGUGAAUAUCACGUACCUAUUAUUCCUCGAAAGCCUUUCAGCUUUGAAUUUGAGCUUUUCAGAGACAAGACCACUUUAUACAGCAACGUGAACAUGGUAAAAGAUACCGUAUCAAGUAUCUGCAUUUGCAACGAUACAAACCCAGACGCCCUACAUCCAGAUAACAAAACCGAUAACAUAACAGAGGGUUAUAUUAAUGAUCCUCUGUGCCACGAGGACAGUCCUUACCUUUCUAAAACACGUGCUGGGAAGUGGUUUAGAAAUGCGAUUAAGAAAGCAUGGGAGGAGAUCAGUCACAAAUACGACUUUGAGCUAAUAUUUCGUAACACCGAAAGCCCCGGAAGUCUCAAAGUUCGAUUCAGAUCAGGUAAAGCGAUUCUUUUAAACAUCACACCUGUGGUUCGGUUUCAAGACUCGGAAGCACACUUGAACUCAUAUCUCUCUUCGAUCAUGCAUUUGUCGGACACUCAUUGGCCCGUAUGUUUUGCACGCUACGAACACAGCCUCCUUCAACACUUCACCAAAAUGCUCCCGCAGAAUUCUUGUCACAUCUGCUGUCUGCAGAUCCUCUCCUUCCUACACAAUCAUCAGAUCGGCCUGACCGGUAAAUGCGGGCUGACAAGCUACCACUUGAAAAACACACUGUUACAUCGGUUGCUGGUCGAUACGCCAUCAUUGUGGCGACCUGAGCACAUCGGACAGAGAAUUGACGAUGCUUUAACUUUUCUUCAGCAGAAAGUCAAAGCUAAAGUACUUCACCAUGCUUUGGUUGGGAAUAGUCUCAUUCCGAGCGAUUUUGGGUUCCCCAAAGAAUUCCGAAAGGAAAAACCUAUAAAUUUAUUCCAGCCUCUAUUGUCAAAUGAAGAGUUUUCCAAAAUGGAAAGACACUUAGGCGAGAUGUCUAAAAACAUACCAGUGCUGAUAUAUGAAUACAGCACAAAGUGAGGAUAAAUGGCAGAUGCAAAAAGUAUUGUUUCGUAAACGAUUUGCAAUGCAAGGUUUUCUCAAAUUUACUUGAAUUCAGAUGUUACAGUCAACUGCACAGAACAGAAUAUCUUGAACCAUAACAGAUGUUAUAAUCCUCUAGUAUUCAUUCGAUUCCCAGAACAAUUCAAAGUCAUUAUGACCAGCUACAGAAAAAUCAGACAUGUAGUCAACAGCUGCUGAAGGUUCCCGGCCCAGAUUCAAGUCCCACGACUAACUGAUGAUCAUUGAUAGCCUGUUAAAAAAAAGGUAAAGAGUGUGAAGUUUUUGUGCAGCAUAAGGAAUGGCAUCCUGAAAUUGUAUAGCAAACCAUUAAUGACUUUGUUCCAUUAUCAAAAGCAACUUAAAGUGAAAGUUCACCCAAAAAUGAAAAUGAUGUCAUCGUUCUCUUGUCAUUUCACACCUGUUCAGCUUUUUUCCACAGAAAGAAAAAUAAUAUAUUUUGAAGAAUGUUGUUAACUUGCUCCUAUAUACUUGCAUUGAUUUCAUGCCAAUUCAACAGAAGUGAAUGGGGUUCAGUGUUGUUUGGUUUCCAACUUUCUUCAAAAUAUUUUGUGUGUUCUGCAGAAGAAAGAAAGCCAUACAGGUUUGAAAUGACAAGAGUAGUUAGUUAAUGAUUUUUGGGUAAACUGUAGCUUUAACCAACACAAUAUUUGUCCUCGUGACAUACAGUCUCAAUUGUCUCACCAGCUCAAAAUACUGUUCUGUAAAUAUCUCUGUGCAAAGCUGAGAAAGCAUUCCUGUAGCUCAGUGGUCAGACCAUUGCAAUGACGCCAAGAUCAUGGGUUCAAUCUCAGGGAUUGUACAUACUUAGAAACAAAUGUUGUGUAUAAUGCAGUGUAUGUCACUUUGGAUAUAAGCGUCUGGCAAAUGCAUAAAUGUAAAUAAAGAAAUAAAGAUGUAAACUCCACAAAGCUGGCAUUCAAAUGCAUUUCAGAAAUCAACUAAAUGUUCUUCAUUCCUUUGAAAAAGCUUCCAGUCAAAAUAGAGCAUCAGGUUUGACUAUCGAGAAUUUCAUUUUUAUUGUCAUGAAAAUGAAAAAGAUAAGCAUCAUCAAAUAUGUGGUGUUAUACUGACCAGAGGCUCUCCGAGAAGCAGGAUAUGUGGAUUUACAGCAGUCACAAAGAGAAGCAUCACCAUACAGCUCAGUCCACCUAAAACACAGGAACAUCUUCAAUUACACACAGUUCUUAUAGUGUAAAAUGUAUUUUUUUAUUAUUUCAUCAUAUACUCAUUCUCAUGUCAUUCCAAACCAGUGUGACUCACUUUCUUCUGCAGCACAAAAACGAUGAUAUUUUGGAGAAUGUUGGAAACCAAACAACAUUGGCCCCCGUUGGCUUUCAUUGUAAAGAAAUAAAACCACAGAGACAUCUCAAAAUAUAUUCUUGUGUUCCAUAUAAUAAAAGAUGUCAAUGA